CGUAUUUUUGUCUUGAUGAAGGAAAAGAACGUUGGACAUUGUGAGACAGCGCUAGAGAUGGAGCCCCGAGCUGCAGACUUCGAAGACAGUCCUCUCUGGUCAGGUUCAGAAGGUUCCCAAGAACUUUGUCCUUCUGAGCCUUUGGCCGAGUCCUGCAAUGAAGAUAACGACAGUGAAUCAGAGUACCUCUCAGACACGCAAAAUGCUCAUGUCCCCUUGUCCCGGUCUCCAGAGGGCCUUCAGUUACAAGACGGGGAAACUGCAGAUGACCUGGGACCUCUCCUGGAACAGAGCGAGCAGGAAGAGUCCCUUUUCUACCAAGUCGACGAUGAUUUUUAUCUUUCUGAAUCAAGAGAAUCCAUGACAGAAUCUCCUCACGUCCAGCCUUCACAGACCCCAGCGACCUCGCCCCCAGAUCUUCCAGAUUCCAGCUCAUGGCAGCGUUCCCGCUCUUCCUCCUCCUCUCUGGGCUGUGCUGCCGACAUGACCAAGGCCCUGACCCUGAGCUCAAAACGACCCCUGGGGGCCAGUGAUAGGCAGGGCCCAGGGACUGAGAACAGGAGGGUUGAAUCUUCAGAGGAAGGAGGGAGUAGCGAAGCACCUCCUGCUUCUGUCUUCUUUGGAAUUUCUGACGAGGGUGCUGAGCAGGCAGAGACGAGGAACGUGGGGUCUGACAGAGAUCUCUGCAGACCGGACAGGCAAAGGGCAAGGCACACACGGUUCAGUCACAAAGAGAGCCAAUCAGAGAGGCACGUGAAGGAGACCAAGUCUAAAUGUAAGCGUAUUGCCCAACUCCUGGCCAAUGCACCCAAUCCCCAAAACAAGGGAGCUUUGCUCUUUAAAAAACGUCGCCAGAGGGUCAAGAAGUACACUCUCGUGAGUUACGGAACCGGCGACCACGCCUACAACAGCGCAAGUGAAAUAGAGGGCGAAACCGACGAGGUUAGAUCCGCUGGUUACACCCUCCUGGGUUCGAGUGACUCUGAGUUGGAGGAUCAGUACUUUCAACGUCAUCAGCGCCAUAAUCCAAGUCUGAACUGGGGAAGUGAUCAAGACAUGGAUGUGCUACCAGAGACGAAAGGGAAGGGACUCAUGAUGUUCGCACAGCGCCGCAAGCGAAUCGAUGAACUCGUGUCAGAGCAAGAAGAAGAGAGGAGUGAAGGAUUCCCUGAGGAUGUUUUGAAAGAAGCACAGCGUGCAAGAGCACAGAAUAUGUACGAAAGCAAAGAAAUGUACAUGCAUGCUGAGGAGACCAAUAUGAGGCAUGCAAAUCUGAAGAAGCACAUGGGGUAUCAGGCAGAAAUUCAAGAGGUGAACCACCUCUCCACUGCUCUGAAGCCCAUGGUGUCAAACAGAACUGCCAAACCUUUUCUGGGAUUUCAAGAUAGCUCAGCACCUCAACCUGUUGCCAUGUCUGCUGGUGUCAGUCCGGUCACGAAGACGCAUGAGCUAACAUUUAAAGUCCCAGCACCCAUUAACUCUAACCCCAAGGUUUGGUCUCCAACUGGAGACAUUAUAGCCUCAAGAGAUGAGCGAAUAUCUGUGCCAGCCAUCAAGACCGGCAUAUUACCAGAGUCAAAGCGGAAAGCUGCAAAUAGGCAUUCAUCGGCUUCUGCAAAAGACUCAGAACUUUAUAGCCGAAGCAAAGGUGAAAGGAAGUCUUAUAUUGAGUCAGAGGAAGACUUUUUCAGUUUGGGCGCUGAGGCUUGUAACUUCAUGCAAACCAAACCAAUAAAACUCAAGAAUCCCCCUCCCGUUGCCCCUAAACCCACCAUCGACCCAGCAUGUCCACCCUGGAUGAGGAGGAGUCCCUCUGGCGAGCCCCAACCCUCACACAGCCCCGUCGGCCUCCAUGGUCAGCAUUAUUUACAGCAGCAAGACUGGGCUCAGCCUCAACAGAUGGCCGGCCACUGGGCAUCAGAUCAAACAGAGACAUCACUUCAAACACCUGCCAGUGCCCGGGUUCCGGUCAACUCCUCGUCUCAGCUCCGUCUUCAGCCAAGUGCAAAUAGCUGGAGUCAACAGCCGUCACUAUCCCCUGUGAGUAAGCAGGCCCACAGUCCUACUUAUAGCCCACUGUCGCACUCAAAUAAUAAGUCAGACAGUACUCCAAACUUGGUUGCUCCUUGCCCUACGCAGGCAGAGAAGUCACACCUUCACUCUUCAAAAUCUUUAGAGGUUAAUGCGAAGCUCAGAGUCCCAGACAGAGGUACUAAUCAGGCCGGCGAUGGGCCAGCUAUGGCAGGGAAAGGGGCCCAGCUAUUUGCCAAAAGACAGUCUCGCAUGGAGAAGUUUGUUAUUGAUGGCGAAACGGUGAAACCGACCAAAGCGAGAUCCCCCUCCCCGACCUCAUCCCUCCCUAACUCUUGGAGAUAUUCCUCCAAUAUUCGCGCCCCACCCCCGCUGUCAUACAAUCCUCUUCUGUCUCCUUUCUACCCUCCCUCGGCGGCCAAGCAGCCCCCUUCCACUAGCCCCAAAACCAAGCCCAAGUCCAAAGAGAAACCUAAAUCAGCCCCCAAGCAACUCAACGCCUUAGAUAUCAUGAAACAUCAGCCUUACCAAUUGGACUCAUCCCUCUUCACAUAUGAUGCGGCCUCUGAGGCCAAAAGCCCCAGCCCUAAGCCAGUUCCCAUGUCAAAGUUUGAAGUCACCAAAAGCCUUAAACAGAGGGCCGACUCUUCCUAUUCUCCCUAUAAUCCCUCUGAGCCUGCUGGUCAAAGCAAGGCAGAGGCCCCCGCUAAGGCUCCGAAAUCGGUAAGUCCCCCAAAUCUCCGCACUCAGAGCACAAGAUCAGCUGAGCCACUCUCAGCCGACAAGCAUUCGGGGGAGAGGCUUGCUGUCACCAGCACUGCCCCUCGCACAAGCAGCAAGCGAACGCAGAGCCCCCGACCUGCAAGCACGUCCUCGCAGCACUCGUCUUUUAGCGACAGCAUCGCUUCAGCUUUCUCUCCCGCAUCUCUCAUUGCCAGAGGAGUGCGUCAAAUGGCCCCGCGGCCAAAGUUCUCCGCUAAGAAGCCGGCUGCGGCAGGAAAACAGUGGAAGCCCGUUGCUAUGCUUUCCUCGGUAUAACACUGUACAUGGUCAUGCUUGGGCGUAGCCUGAGACGACAGUCACAUUAGUGCAUCUGUCUUAGAAGGACAAACAAAAGAAACUCUCAGUAGAAGUCACUAAAAGGGUAUGUGUAGCGACUUGCGGCCUGCGAUCGGUGAAUUCAGACUAAACUUUUAGUUCAGUUUGAUUAUUGUAGCACCAUUUUGGGAGAUCAUCUCAGGGCAUUUCUCACACAGAGAAACACAGCAGUCCCCAAGGGGAUAAGGGUAGCACACACCACCUUGUGGCUGUAGGCAUGAUGUUAGACGAUAAAUUAAUGCUUAAUGGUUCUCAGGAAACGCCUUUUUGAAUGUGCAAUAAUGUCUGCAAAGAGGCUUCUUCUAGUCACUUUAGUUUCUUUUUUAAGAGAAAAGUUUCAGUGUUUUUUUUCGGGGUUUUUUGUAUGUAGCGGCUAAAAUUACCUCACCUGCUGAUCAAAUAACAAUACACAUCGAUAUUUCUUUCAUUUGAAAGCUAUCUGGACAACAGAGACUCAACUGCGCAGCCCCUUUGAAAGAAUAUUUUUAAUAUUUUUUUUUUUUGUUUGGGGUAAAAGCUGUGACUGCAUUUCAAUUUCUGUGCACAAUUUUAUAAUCGUUCCAGUCUCAUUCCAGACUCUGAUUGAAUCACAACAGAUAAACGCGUCUCUCAUGUGAUUGUUGAACGUCCUAUUUCAUUUCGAGUUGAAUUUACGCUCUUGAAAGGUGAUAAAUUACAAACAUUUGAAUGCUAGGAUAUUUAUUCUUGUUUCUAUUAGUAAUCCAGAAUGAAACCUAAGCAACAACUGUCCUGUUUGUGUCUCUGUCUUCCUGACAUGUUCACUGUUUCUUGAACUUCUUGAAGCGCUGUCAUGCUAUUAAAUUGUUUUUUUCCCCCUCCUA